AUGAUGAGUGGGAUCCUGAAGAGGAAGCUUGAGGAGGGACCUUCCCCGUAUCUGUCCCUACAGGGGUCUGAUGAUGAUGAGGUUUCCUGCAGCGACAGUGGUAACAGCAGUGAUAGUCUCAACCAUCCUGUUCCCUCUGGACUGCUGGACUCUUCCUCUAUCCAGCAACAGCCAAAGCGACUGCGGGGCCGCAAUGUGCACUUUGAGAGUGUGACCGUCUACUACUUCAACCGGCGGCAGGGAUUCACCAGUGUUCCCACGCAGGGUGGCAGCACCCUAGGGAUGUCGCCACGUCACAGUGGGGUGAGGCGUUUCACCCUCAGGGAGUUUGCCAUGGAGCAGAAAAGGAGCCAUCGGAACAUGCUGAGGGAACAUCUCAAAGAGGAGAAACUCAAUGCCAUCAAACUCAAACUGACUAAGAACGGCACAGUGUCAUCCAUGGAGGCGGAUACCCUGACAAUUGAUGACAUCUCAGAGGACGACCUGGACGUAGACAACACGGAGGUGGAUGAUUACUUCUUCCUCCAGCCUUUGACUACCAGGCGGCGCCGUGCCCUUCUGCGUGUGUCUGGGGUGCGACGCAUUGACGUGGAUGAAAAGCAUGAGCUGCGCACUCUUCGUAUGUCCCGAGAGGAAUGUGGAUGCCGCUGCCGGGGGAUAUGUGACCCAGAGACCUGUGCUUGCAGCCUGGCCGGCAUUAAGUGCCAGGUAAAUGGAACUGUGGUGGACCGCAUGUCUUUCCCUUGUGGCUGCACCAAGGAAGGCUGCAGCAACACCAUGGGACGCCUGGAGUUCAACCCGGUCCGGGUGCGCACCCACUUCCUGCACACCAUCAUGAAGCUGGAGCUGGAGAAGAGCCGCGAGGAGCAGCAGCAGCAGCAGCAGCAGCAGCCAGAGCAGCAGCUUGUAACCAAUGGCAACGGUUACCAUGGCGACUCCUCUUUGGUCCAGCAGCAGCAGCAGCCGAACCUGCAGUUUCCACUGAUGAGCGGCACGGCGCACAUUCCCAUCAUGCACCUCCAGAACACAGGCGACACAGAUUCACAUCUAGAUGAAGAGGAAGAAGAGGAGGAAGAGGAGGAGGAAGAGGAAGAUGAGGAUGAGGAUGAUGAAGCCUAUGAGGAAGAUGAGGAUGGUAGUAGCAUUUGCAGCGGGCUUUCAGACUGCAGCACACAUAGCUUAGAAACAGACCUAGAGGAAGAUGAAGAGGAUGAGGAGGAUGAAGAGGAUGAGGAGGAUGAAGAAGAUGAAGAGGAGGAGGACGACGAUGAAGAAGAAGAGGAGGAUUGGGAUUGCUCAAUGCACGGUACAAAUCACCCUCCCUACUCGGUUCCACUUCCAUCUGUAAUGGGUUACUCUAACAACACACUCAUGGGCCUCAGUAACCCCUUCAACAGCAGUCCCUCCAUGCAGCAUUAUCAAAUGGACAGCUCUGUGAAUGAAACUAUGGCUUUUCUCAGUGAAAAUGUUACUGUGGCUCCCACACUCCCCACAGUAGAGCCUACAUUAGAGUCAGAAAUAAAAACAGAACUCCACUGCCAGACAGAGCAGCAGAGCAUUCCCUGUCAUUACACUGACCCCACAGAGCCCCUGACGCUCCAACCCUGCUCACAUGUGGACACCCGUGAGAGUAACACUGCCCCUGCCGUCGCAUCCGGCAAACAGCCGCUCCCGACGGACCCCCAGAACAAUCCAGACGCUCAUGACUUACAGACUGAGGCUUUGGCUCGGUCUGUGGAGCAGACAGAGGAGGAAGUAAAGAAGCUACCAGAGCAGGAAGACGCAGCCUCUCCCGAUCAAAAGACGGACACGUCAUGCUCAGAGAGCAUCUGA